AAAUUACUAUGUUGAAUAUUAAAGUACGUAAAAUCAAUUUAUGUUUAAAUUUCCGAUAAAAGAAUUAUAAUAUUAAAUAAAUUACAGAUUUUUAAAGCGUGUUUGUGGAAAUUAUUGCCUACUUAGUUGAAGUGAAGUUCAAUAAUUCAUUAGCUUAUGUUAUUACGUUUUCAGAUAUUGUAGAAACGAGAUAAAUAUUAUAUUUUAUUGUGCUCCCCAGUAUGUUCAUGCAUCUAUUUGGGAAUUAAUUAUUUUCCACAAGUUAUUGUAAACAACUAUACGAACAAAAUAGAAUUAUGCCACCUAAGACAUCAUCUGCUACGCUUCGAUUGAAACAAGAUUAUGCUCGUCUUAAAAAUGACCCAGUACCAUAUGUAGUAGCUGAACCCGUUCCGUCAAAUAUAUUGGAAUGGUACUAUGUUGUAAGCGGACCAGACGAUUCGCCAUAUGCUGGAGGAUAUUACUUGGGUCGACUUGUUUUUCCUAGAGAUUUUCCAUUUAAGCCGCCAAGCAUUUACAUGAUUACUCCUAAUGGGAGGUUUAAGACAAACACUCGACUCUGCUUAUCUAUCAGUGAUUAUCAUCCGGAUACAUGGAAUCCCGCUUGGAGUGUAUCUACAAUACUCACUGGAUUGCUCAGCUUCAUGCUGGAAAAUAGUCCUACAAUGGGCAGUAUAGAUAUGACAGAUUACGAAAGGCGUCAACUGGCUGCUCAAAGUUUGGAAACUAACAUACGUGAUGAAAAUUUUUGUGAAUUAUUUCCUGAGCUUACAACGACUAUAAAGAACGAAAUUGAAAAACGCAACUUGGCCAGAGCAAAUGAAAUCAACACACCGGACCCAGAUAUCAGCGAACCAGAAAAUAACAUUGUCCAAACAGUGUUGUAUAAUGUCAUUGUUAUGGUUACAUUUGCAAUUUUUAUUUACUUGGUUAGAUAUGUCUUGUAUAAUAUGAAUAUUGAAUGAAUACUCCUUCUCAUUCCCAUCGCUUUUAUUUAUUGGUUUAUUUUUAUUUUAUGUAUGUUUUAAAUAAAAUGUUAUAAUUUAUGUUAUUAAAAAAAAUUGAAUUUUA